UCAUGGGAGCAGAGCUCAGACAUGUCCUCACUACCCUGGGAGAGAGGAUGACCGAAGAGGAGGUGGAGACUGUUCUGGCAGGACAUGAGGACAGCAAUGGAUGCAUCAACUACGAAGCCUUCCUGAAGCACAUCCUAAGCGUCUGAGCUCUACUGGUACGGCCCUCCCACUCCGACUGGGGAGAUGCAGUGGGGCCGGACACUGCCCCUCCCCCCCUUCCCUGGCAGGCGGAAGCACGUUCCUGCCACUGGGAGGCCACCUAUUGUUUCAAAAUAAAGACACAGUUCAACCCUCCCUUGGCGUCCGACUCUUGCUUUCUUCAGAGGUGGGGAGGGAAGGGAGGGUUCUCCUCUCCCCAAUCCGAUAUCCUCUGAUCUUCCUGCUGCAAGGAGGAACAGAUUCCGUGUGCCCUACCCGAUACACUUCUGCAGUUUCUUCCCCUCAGUGUGACUUCACCGAGGAUCAAACUGCAGAGUUCAAGGAAGCCUUCCAGUUGUUUGACCGAACAGGGGAUGGCAAGAUCCUGUACAGCCAAUGCGGGGACGUAAUGAGGGCCCUGGGCCAGAACCCCACCAACGCCGAGGUGCUCAAGGUCCUGGGGAAUCCCAAGAGUGAUGAGAUGAAUGUGAAGGUGCUGGACUUUGAACACUUCCUGCCCAUGCUGCAGACUGUGGCCAAGAACAAGGACCAGGGCACCUACGAGGACUAUGUCGAAGGCCUUCGGGUGUUUGACAAGGAAGGGAAUGGCACCGUCAUGGGUGCUGAAAUCCGGCAUGUCCUUGUCACGCUGGGUGAGAAGAUGACAGAGGAAGAAGUAGAGAUGCUGGUGGCAGGACAUGAGGACAGCAAUGGUUGUAUCAACUAUGAAGCAUUUGUGAGGCAUAUCCUGUCGGGGUGACGGGCCCAUGGGGCGGAGCUCGUCCGCAUGGUGCUGAAUGGCUGAGGAUGUUCCUGGUGUGCCCAAGCCCCAUACCUUCCCCUGUGUUGAUAAUGUGCAUGUAGCUCUAAAGGCCUCCUAGGUCCUCUUGUCACAAGCACUUUUGCUAGCUUGUCUCUCUUGGAUGUUAUUUGCGUUCAGCAUUCACCAAAUAAACUUGCUCUUUGCCCCUAA